AAAACAAAAUCAGCGAGUCCACUUGUUACAAAACGCCAUUUUCAGUUUCUGUUUACCUACCAAACUUCUCAGACCUCACACAGCACAUGUAUUACAGUUUUCUUCUCCAAAACAUUUCUUCCCAUUUUAGGUCUUCCUCUCAUAUAAAAAAUAAAAAAAUAAAAAACAGCACAAGUCUCUGUCUCUCGACUCUCCAUAUCAACACAAUCAAUGAUAUUGAAGCAUGAUCGUUGUCACCCGCAUAACUUUUCAGCUUUCGGAAACUAUUUUCUCGGCUCUCGUUCUGUUUGGCAUGGGAGAAAGAAAAUCCGUCUUUUUCCCGGGUAGUGGCUGAAUAAUAUUUUUCAGAUUAUGGUCAUGGAAAUUAUUGUGUCUGUGAUUUUACUGUUUGUGGGGAUAGCUGUUUUGGUGACGAUCCAUGUGUGUAUUGUUGGGAGGGCUUUUGGGAGGAACAAUGGUGGUAUUGUGGUUCAAAGUAGUAGUAGUAGGAGACCACCAAGUAUGUCCAGUGAUGACAUCAAGAGACUACCUUGUUUUGAGUUCAAGAUGGAAGAGAAAGGAAAUGAUAAUAAUAAUAAUAGUAGUAGUAGUAGUAGUCCGGUGGAAUGUGCAGUGUGUUUGGAGAACUUCAAGGAGGGUGAUCAGUGCAGGUUUCUACCGAACUGCAAUCACAGCUUCCAUGCUCAAUGCAUAGAUUCGUGGUUGUUGAAGACGGCAGUAUGUCCGAUCUGUAGAACCGACGCCAGUUCACAGAAAAGCGUGGGGGAAAGCAGCAAUUUGACUGAAAUUGGAGUCGAAUUGACAUAGAGAAGCAUCGGAAGGGUGGUCGUCGUUGUCUGUCUGCUCUGUUGUCCUGGCUUUGCUUGGAAUGGAUGUGAUAGAAUAGGGUUUCAAUGGUGAUAUUGUUUCUGUUCGUUAUACAAAGUGCAACAGCAGCUAAGUAAAGGAACUUCUUGUUUUUUUUUCUUUGAUUAUUUUUUUUUGUUUUUUUUUGGGGGAAAUUCAGAUUAGUUGCCAUUUUUUCUUGAUGAAAAACUAGAUUAACAUGAUUUGGAAUUUAGUAGUGUUUUAGAUGGCUAGAAACUUGGUUAUGACAAAAAUAUUCUCCUCUGCAAAAAGUAUCUAAUGCCAUGGACUACACAACAGGUGACCGAGUAUACUGUUAGCCCACCUCACGUCCUCUUUUGGGACUUGGAUUCUAUCCCUCCAAGAGAAAGAGACACCAUAUGAGCGUGCAUAAUUAAAUGUACGUUGUUUUUUUUUUUUUUUUAUAAGUGGUAUAGCAAACACAUACUCUUUUUUUGCCCACACGAACCCCUCCCUCUUUGAGAAUGAGGAGGUUAUACAUACCCCUCU